UCUAGCCAGCUCCUACCUCAAUAAAAAACGCAACUCCAUAACCCUACCCGUGCCUGCCGCCGCCGCCCUCACGGUCGAUCCACCAUCAUCGCCGUUCUCGUGCUCCACCCCGAUGCCCCAGCCGCUGUCCUUGCGUCCUCGCACUCCACCCCGUAGCCCCAGCCGCCGUCGUGCUCCACCCCGUCGCCCACCCACCAUCUAGCUCCACCCCGUUGCCCAGCAGCCGUCGAGCUCCACCCCAUCUCCCAGCCGGCGUCGAGCUCCACCCCGACGCCUAGCCGCCGUCGAGCACCACACCAACGCCCAGCCGCCGUCGAGUGCCACCCCGACGCCCAGCCGCCGUGGAGCUCUAGCCCGACGCCUGGCCUCCCCUGGGCUCUAGCCCUACAUCGAAUGCGCCGUCCUAGCGUCCCCCACAUCUAGCCGGCGCUCACCCCCAACUUCCAGCCACCUCAGAACGUCCUAGGCGUCGUCGGUCUUCGACCUGCGACCUGCGCCUCUCCCAAAGCAAGCCGCCGUUGCUUACGAUUUCUGCACAAGAUUCAUCCCCAUCCAUACUCUGUUCCAUGAGGACUGGCCAAAUACAGAUUAGUUGGAAAAUUUGAUAUUAAGGGUGCAUCAUGGACAAAACAUGGUUGUCUCAGCCUAGGCACACAAUUGAGUAUGUACAGGGGGUAGACAAGUUUAUAGAGUUUGAUUUUAUUAAUUCAACAAAUAGAAACAAAAUCUUGUGUCCUUGCAAGAUGUGUUUGAACUCUAAAUGGAGAGUAGCAACUGAAGUACGUGACGAUUUGAUAUGUACGGGUUUCAUGGAGGGGUAUCAUACAUGGUUGUUUCAUGGAGAAUCUAGCCACUCUUGCCCAAAUAUUGAGGGGGUAGAAGCAGAGACUUCAUCGGCAGAUAAUGAAUUAGCUGAUUUCUUGCGAGACAUAGCUUGUGGACUAGAUGAUGGGGGGUGUUGGAAGAGAACAAUGAGGACAGUAACAACCCCCAUGUUGAUGCUGAUACCAAGGCUUAUUUGAAGAUGGUUGAUGAUGACAACACAGAGCUAUACCCUGGGUGUAAAAACUUCUUAAAAUUGUGUUUUGUUGUCAAAUUGCCCCACAUCAAACUUCUUGGGCGAUGGAGUGACAAAAGUUUUGACAUGGUGCUUGAGUUACUUAGCGAUGCAUUCCCCAAAGGUUCAGUACUUCCCAAAAAAUUCAAUGAAGCUAAGAAAAUAGUUAAAUCUAUUGGGCUUGGGUAUGUAAAUAUUCAUGGGUGUGAAAAUGAUUUUGUACUAUUCAAAAAUGGAUUUGAUAAGGAUAAUCAGUGUCCAAAGUGUAAAACUUCAAGGUGGAAAUCAGAAAAGAAGAGUCCUGAUGGGAAAAGGGUACAUAGGGUUCCUAAAAAGGUUCUUCGCUAUUUUCCUAUUAAAAAAAGGCUUCAAAGGUAUUUUGUGUCCUCUAAAACUGCAACUGACAUGAGGUGGCAUGAUGAACAACGUACCAAAGAUGGUCUAAUUAGGUGCCCAGCGGAUGCUAUUUUCUGGAAGGAUUUUGAUUCCAAACAUCCACUAAUUGGUAAUGACAGUCGCAAUUUUAGGUUGGCUGCAACAAUAGAUGGCUUUAAUCCAUUUAGGAUGACAAGGAGUACCUACAGUAUCUGGCCAGUCUUUUUGAUUCCAUACAACCUUCCUCCUUGGAUGUGCAUGAAGCGGCCUAAUUUCAUCCUUUCUUUGCUCAUUCCAGGCCCUAAGGCACCUGGUGGCGAUAUGGAUGUCUACCUUGAGCCUUUAGUAGACAAUCUAGUAGAUAUGUACUACCAUGGUGUAAAGACAUUUGAUGCUUCUAAGUCUAAAAUAUUUGAUCUUCAUGCUGCCAUCCUUUGCACCAUACAUGACUUUCCAGGUCUAAAAUAUUUGAUCUUCAUGCUGCCAUCCUUUGCACCAUCCUUUGUCCGGAGUGCCAUUCACUCACUUGUUCUCUACAAUUAAAGAAGGGCAGCAAAUAUUGUUAUAUGGGACAUCGUAGAUUCUUAUUAUCCAACCAUAAGUUUAGGUCAGAUGAAAAGUUAUUUGAUGGCAAGUCAGAGCAUAGGACUACGCCUAUACCUCUUACCGGUGAGGAAAUUGAUGAUUUGACAGCAAAUCUUGAAACAUCCUUUGGAAAAGAUCCAACUGCUAGGAAAACAUCAAAGAGAAAACGCAAAGAAGGCGAAAUGCCUCCCCUUUAUAAAAGAAGAUCUGUGUGGUUUAAGUCGCCCUAUUGGAAAGAUCUGAUGUUGCGUCAUAAUUUUGAUGUUAUGCAUAUAGAAAAAAUGUAUGUGAUAACAUAGUUAACACAAUUCUGGGCCUUGAGGGAAAAUCAAAGGAUAACGCAAAUUCUCGCCUAGACAUCCAAGCUUUGGGUAUUAUGGGGCACCUUCAUCCUGUUGAAGUAGAAGAGGGUAAAUUGUCUAUACCUCCAGCACAAUAUACUUUGACACCUGAGCAGAUGAAACAUUUUCUCCAAGUCCUGAUGGGAGUCAAGUUUCCACAAGGCUUUGCAGCUGAUAUACGAUGUUAUAUCCAUGUUGCUGAGAAGAAGAUUUUUGGACUUAAGAGCCAUGAUAAUCACAUUCUAUUGCAACACCUACUUCCUCUUGCGAUUCGAAAAAUACUGCCAACAAGAGUAUGUGCUGCAUUGACUCGUGUUAGUAACUUCUUCAAGAAGAUUUGCUCACCUGUUAUCCGCAUCAUUGAUAUGCAAAUCCUAGAGGCUGAAAUAGCUGAGACCUUAACCAUACAUGAAACUAUAUUCCUGCCAAGUUUUUUUGAUGUCAUGGUCCACUUGAUGGUGCAUCUGCCUGCCCAAGUUAGAAUUGGUGGUCCAGUACACUUCCGAAACAUGUGGUCGGUAGAAACACUACUAGGAAAAAGGCUAUAGAUGAUAUGGCCACUAAUGGCGCACCAGACAUGUGGUGCACCACUACUAUAUAGCAGUG